CAUAUCCACAACAAUCAACCUCAUCAACCAAAUCCACACAAUGUCUUCUACUUCUGCUUUCUUCUUCUUCUUUGCUUCUACAUUCCUCUACGCCAACGCAUUCAACAUCACACGCAUCUUAAACCUGAACAAUGAGUUCUCCACUUUCAACAACCUCCUCUCCCAAACCGGGCUCGCUUCCACCAUCAACUCCCGUCAAACCAUAACCGUCCUCGCCCUUUCCAACGACGCAAUGUCCUUAUUCUCCGACCAAUCAACCGAAGACAACAAGAAAAGCCUCAGCCUCCACAUCGUUUUAGACUACUACGACAUCAAGAAACUCAAGAGUCUCAACAAAAAAUCAGUAAUACUCACCACUCUCUUCCAAUCAAGCGGUCAAGCCAAAGGCCAACAAGGGUUCAUAAACGCAACCGUUAUGAACAAUGGUGACGUCAUGUUUGGGUCUGCGGUUCGUGGAUCUCUCCUUGACUCUAAGCUUAUAGACUCUGUUGCCACACAUCCAUAUAACAUCUCGGUGCUUCAUAUUAGUAGUUACAUACCUAUAAUGAAUCCUGAAGGUCCUUCUGAUCAUGGUUCAUCAUCUACACCACUUCCUCCACAACCUCCUAAUGAUGAUGAUUAUACAUUUGACGAGCCACCAUCCCCACCUUCCUCUACUACUAAGCCUUUUGUUGCUGCUGCUACUGCCGCUACUGCUAAGCCACCUUCUGCUGCAAAAGCCAACUCAACAACAAGUGGAGUUUCAGCGAUUAAUGCUCCUGACUUGGCGUUUGCGUUUGCGUUUGUGAUCUCAUCCUUUUGGUUCUUCAUGACGGUCUAAUGAAUAACAACAGAGUGCAAGAAUGAAAUAAACCAGAUCAGCUUUCUGAAAGCCAGAAAAAAAAAGGUGGAGAUGGGCAGCAAAGCUUUCAAGC